CUGGAGAAUAGUUGAGCUCGCGUCAGGCGGAUGGAGAUGUUGUGAGAUACUGCGGCUCAUAUGGCAAUGAGAUGUGCGGGGAUCUUCUUAAAUAACAGCACGGAUGCGUUAAUCACGAAGUGUUUUUUUAGGGCAUCAGCAUGGCCCAGUAAUGAAUGGUGACGUGGCUCCUAGCAGCCCGGAGCACUCCUCCUGCACGCUGCCGGACUGGAAGGAGUUUUGCGAGCUUCACGCUCGUGCUUCUGCAGCCGAUUUUGCACACAAGUUCCGCCGUUUCAUCAGCGAGAACCCAUGUUACGACUCGCCUGGUGCUGACGCCAGCUUCUCCCAACACUUCGCCCAACACUUCCUGACCUGCUUCUCCUCUCUCCUAGAGAAAGCUCCAGAGCCCUGCUUGCCUGGUGGCACCUUGACCACCAAAUACAGCAUUGUCCCUUUUGUAGGCAUUCAGAGUUGCUCGUCGCCCUACGGCCACGACCUUUACCAUCGCCGCAAAGACUUGGGGGCCUCGAGUGAAUCGCUGGAUAGCAUGGACAGUGCAGAGGGUGGAGCGAGCGGACAGGAACAGCAAACUCCCACCCGUAAAAUGGGUGCUGUAACCCAGUCCAGAAGUUCAGAGGAUGUGUCUCUGGGGCAUCGCAAAGCGCGCUUUAAAAAGGGCUUUUCCCUGCGCAACAUGAGUCUAAGCGUGGUUGACGGUGUUAAAGAAAUUUGGCACCGCAGGGCCUCUCCAGAACUGGACCCCUCGGGUAGUUCCAGGAGGGCCAACGGAGCUGAGGUCGUGGGGUCAGACCACUGGAGCCAGAAGCUACGGCUAACGCGGGGCUCUCAGAGCCAGAAAACAGAGCUGUUAGAAAUCCAGAGAGAGGGUAUGCUGAAAUACAUGGUAGCCGACGACACAAAUUGCAUGGGAGCGACACAAUGGCAGAAAUGCAGAUUACUUUUGAGGAAGACCGCUGCGUGCAUGGACACUGAGGAGAAGUUUCUGCUUGAGUUUUAUGUACCACCAAAGUCAUCUAAACCCAAAGUGAGUGUUCCUCUAUCUGCUAUCGUGGAGGUGAGGACCACAAUGCCUCUGGAGAUGCCUGAUAAAGACAACACAUUUGUGCUCAAGGUAGAAAAUGGUGCUGAAUACAUUUUGGAGACCAUCGAUUCUUUGCAGAAGAACUCGUGGGUGGCAGAUAUCCAAGACUGCAUAGACCCUGGGGACAGUGGAGAUGACAUUGAGCUGGAGUCAUGUUCACACAACCAUUUGCUUAAAGACCUCUCACUGGUUUCAUCCUGCAGCUGUGAGAUGGUUUGUGAUGAAUCACAUCGUGGGUCUGAGCGUUCAUGCAGUAAUACAGGCGAUCACUUGACUGUUACCCAGCAUCCCUCACACGUGCCCUUAGAAAGAUUUCUGCAGUCACCAGAGUCACAGAAGACAAACAUCACAUCAGGAAGUCCUGGUGAAACCCCAAGAGAGACUGAAGGAGAACCCAGUUUGUCCGGUUACCCGUGGUUUCACGGGACCUUGUCGCGGGUGCGAGCGGCUCAGCUCGUCCUCACCGGUGGCGUUCGCAGUCACGGUCUGUUUGUCAUUCGCCAAAGCGAGACGCGCCCCGGAGAAUACGUCCUCACCUUUAAUUUCCAGGGUAAAGCCAAGCACCUGCGGUUGUCUGUGAAUGAAAACGGUCAGUGUCACGUGCACCAUCUCUGGUUCCAAAACGUUUCGGACAUGUUACGACAUUUCCACGCUCAUCCUAUACCUCUGGAGUCUGGCGGCUCAACGGACAUCACGCUACGAUCAUAUGUACAAGUCCAGCAAAUGCUCACAGAUGUCGCUGCACCCCUGCGAGAUGCUGCUGCCUGUCGGACCGAAAUCUGUCCGUCCGCUCAUCCGGUGUCCGUUGGGGUUACCGCCCCGCUGUCAGACACCGCACUUUCAUCCAGCUCAUCUUCAUCACCGAUGGCUCAGUCCAGUACGGGAGCAUCGAUGUCCACCGGACUCCACAGUCGCAGUAACAGCGCAGAGAGACUCCUCGAACCCUCCGCCACCGGCAGCACUGAUGAUUAUCAUGACAGCGAUCGUCGGACUCGAGCAGUAGAGAAUCAAUACUCCUUCUAUUGACAUCAUCGUCAAUCACUGAUAUCUCACCAUCAUGAAUAAUGAAAUACACACUGCUGUCUUUAAAUUCUCCCUGAUAGACGAUACUGCUAAAUGCUCAACAUUAAACUUUUUUUUAAGGUAUUUGCACGUAAGGCCAUUUAUUUGAUCUGACUCACAUUACUUGAGUUCAGUGUUUACAGAUGGAAAUGGAAAUGAGUAUUGCCAGUGUUUUGACAGAAAUGAAUGAAUGAAUGUCGGGAUUAAUUUAUUAGUUGUUGUAUGAUCAUCAUAGUGUGUUUUCUUCAUGUUUUCUGUCUUGUACAGUGUUUUAUUUUAUUUUUUUUCUCAUAAAACAGACCUGGCUGAAAUGUUUCCUGACUCCGAGACAGAUAUUGCUGUUUUAAUACCUCACUUAAUGGGUUUUCUGUGAUCCUACUGUAGAUGUUUACUGAUGAGUUGUUGGAUCUGUGUUUCAUGAAGGUUAAAGUGUUGCAGUGUUUCUUAUGUUUAAUCCACACACUUCUGUAUUUAACAGAUGUUAAUCUCACUGGUGGCAUAAACAAAUGAUCUGUAACCCUAACUCUUAAGGCCACAAAUUCCCUGCAGAACAGCUUUCAAAUUUUCCAAAGGCUGUAAGCCGUCUUCCUUCUGAUCCCAUCACUGCGGUCAUAUAUACACCUAUUAGCAGUUUAAGGAUGUUUGUUCAUCACUAAUCUAACAGUGUUGAGUAUUAUAACAGUUUGAUAUUUUACUGCUGAGGAAACUGUUGAUUUCUGAAACUCGUGAUCAGCUCAUGAUGAUGGUUUUUGUGUGUGUGUGUGUGUGAGAGAGAAGUUAAGGAUAGUUUAUCUCUCAGAUGUUUUACACCUCAGUUCACAAUCUGUAGUCUUUCAUUCUGUAUCUGCUGCUAUUUCAUGCGUUUUAUGAUUCAAUAUUUCUCAUUUUGAUUUCUCAAAUCACUCGCAUUUAGAGUCACAAACCAUAUUUUGUGUUGUUGUGUAGAGAAUUUUAAGCAACUCAACAUUUGCAUUCCACAAAGUUUAGUUCCACAAAACAAUCCUCUGUUUGUUGAUUUGUUUACUAUUGGUUUUGUUUUAUAGGAAAAUAAUUAUGCUAAUAAUGGAACGUUUUCACCAUUUUGAGCUUUUGUAUAAAGUGAUGAAUGACACAACUUUAUAUUUCUGUGAAUAAAAUGGGUGAACAAUAAAAAAUGAACAAACAAUCGUGAAGAUUUUUAGUGAUAAAACUUAAAGUAACUAAUGUGUAUUGAGUUUAUUCAGUAUAUGCACUCUUUAAUCCAGCACAGCAUAAAAAAGCAAAGCCAGAGAAAAGAGACACACACAUACAGUGGAUUCAAAAUCAUGUCCAAACCUGUUCC